AUGGACCGCGACGUCUCCUUGUUAUCGGUAGGGUCACCCGCCCCUUGCGCGUCGUCCGCCGCGGUGGAGUUCCGUCUGCGGUGUGACACCACCGUCGUGUGGGCGGAUUACCACAUGUGUCGGUACGACCCCCUUUUAGGCGUCCUCCUUUGCGUCGGCAAUGGGGUUGGUGUGGUGGUGCUCGGAAAGGACUUUACCCGUCGCCUGCUCCCGACCUCGCACCACGGCACGGGGUGGAUCGAUGCCGGGAUUUACCCCGGGACGACUACCUUCCUGCUGCUCGCUCCUGAGGUGCUGAUAGGCGCGGAUUAUGGGGCGUCAUCCAGGACGGACUCUUUCCUCCCCUCGCGGGAUCCCACCGCCGCCUUCACGUGCCUUCACCUCCCGGCUGGCCUCACCUGCGGCGCGGUGGGGCGGAAAAACGGCGUCGUCUCGUACUUUGCUUGGCAGCCCACCGAGGAAGGGGGGAAAGGCCGCGCGCAGAUUUCCUGGACUGCCGUCUCUACCAACUUGCUUGGGCUUUGUGAGCCGUUUCUUCCGGACGCCAAGGCUUUCCGUGAGGUUCUCGCCAAUGAGGCCGUGGAGAAGGUUUUCCUGCCGGGUUCUGUCCUUUCCUUGGACUCCCACCCCGAGAAUCCGAACAGUUUUGUCGGUGUUGUGGCGGGGGUACCGGGGGUUUGUAAGUGGGGCGUGGCGGAAGGGCGUUUAGGCUGUUUCUUCGACUCCCGCAGCCUCAAAGGCCAGACAGACUGCACCCUUGUGACCUGCAAAAUUACCCCAGGUGGCGUGUACGUCGUGGCAGCUACGCUUUACGCGACGAAAGUGGUCGUAUGGAUUGAUAAGAAAAAGAAACACAAGACUAUCGAGUUGCACUGGGUUAUAGAUCUGAGCGAGAGCAUCACGAGAGGGGUCCAACAAAGUUCCUCUGACGAGUCUUUUUGGUAUAAUGAAUAUCGUGUUGGUAUUCACAUGGCCCGCGCCACCCUCGAUGGGGUUCCUUCUACCGACAAACGCAGUCUGAUGUACUUGCUUGUUCACGGGCAGAGUGAUAUCGUGGAGAUCGUACUUCGGCUUGAACUCAAGCAGGUUGUGCGGCUUAAUCAGGUGAUCGAGUGUUUGAACGCCACCACCGCCUCGACCGGGAUGGAGGCUCUGAUCGAAAAGAAGCAGGGUCAAAAUGUACGGCGUUCCGCAGACAACAGCGAUACGGAGGAAUAUUUCAAAAUAUUUCACGUUGAGCCGUGCGCGAUAUCCAAGUAUUGGCCUAGCACGUUAACCCAAACAGACCUGCAGGCUCUUUUGAUCACAAGUUCCGGUGGUUUAAGGCCCAUUCUCGCCAAGCGAAGCCAGCAAAUGGGUGGGAUUGAGAGUUUGCAGGAAAUUCGCGAGCUGAGCGCAUCUGUGGCAUGGUUCCCGCGCGCCAUUUUGCUGAGCUUGCCCGAGGUGCGCGUGCGUGCGCUGGCCGCCGGGCUUCCGGACGCGCCGCAGCUUUCCUCGUACGAGGCGCUCCUCCGCGGCGGCGACGCGUUGCUUUUGCAGGGUUUGCGGGAGGACGCGGCCUGCGAUUCCUCCGGGCACCUUCCAAACCCGCUUUGGCGUGGGAUGUUAUUUGCGACUGUCCUCGAGGCCGCACAGGCGGUUUGUUUAGCGCCCCAAACCAACGAGAUCUUUGCGGUGAACUCGAUGGCGGUGCGGAGCUGCCCCCCAUGGGCCUCUCUCACGGCCGCGGAAUGCGCUGGGACGCUGGUUCUCGAAGAGGCCUUGCCGGCUCUGGAUGUGGUGUUUUUGCCAAACGAGAUUAUUCUCCGUGUGUACUCGACGGAGCUGGGACUUAUGGCGAUGAAAUUUGACAUUCGCAGAAAUGGUGGCUCACUGGUGUGGUAUUUAGACCGUGCGGCGCUGCAGUUGGAGAGCCACACCACGUCGGAGGCUUGCUUGGUUAAAAAGGCAAUUGUUGUUGACGCUCGCCUUGAUCCAUCCUCUGCGAACUCGACAAUGUCGAUUUAUCAGACAGGGAAGAGCUUGUUGUUGCUCCUGGAAGAUUCCUCAAUCGCGUUGGUGGAUUUAAGCGGCGUGAAGGAUGAGGAUGGGAGGCCUUACAUGAUCCAUAUUCCUUUUGAGCUGAUGCCGGCUGAGACCACAACUGUGUGCAUCGAUGCUUUUUGGUCUUACAACAGCUCUGCCAGCACAUCUGUGGAUAGUAAAGUUUUCUGUGUAGUCUGCCUUUUCGCGGAUGGUAAGGGUUUUUUUGUAUUCAACCUAAGCAACAUGAACAUCACUACGUAUCAGCAGCCAUCCUAUUUACUAAAUGCGCAGGAGUUAAAGGUCACAAAUGCAUUACCUCCGCUAUUGCCCAACCUUGGUGGUGAUAUUCACAAAUAUGAAGUCAUCAUAGAAACAACUAAUAUACCCGACAAAGCGGGUGAGUAUGGUGAAGUUGUGUGUAGUGAUGCUAUUGGGGCACGUGUCUUUACCAUCUUGAUUGGCUUUGGGUUGUCAGGGAAUGGCGAUGGCUGGUGUUAUAGGAUACGACACCCUCAGUUGAACUCAGAAAGGGAUCUCAACGGGGUAUUAAGAUGGAUUUGCAUCAACACUUCAGCCUCUGUGCUUCAUUUCACAUUUAAUGUCAGUUCGGAUGGUACAACGUUGGACUUGCUUAUUGAUGGUCAAACCAGUGAUGCGGGGCCAACGAUAAACUUACCAGGAACAAUUGUGGACAUAAGGGCGAUUUGGCACCUGGGAAGAGCGGAGCUUUUCUAUUGUACUCCAACGGGAAAUUUGUGUAGCCAUCUACUCAACCCAGAUUCACUUCCAACCAAUUGUAAUCUUUCUGGUAAGACUUCCGGUGCACCGCGCAAGGACUGCACACCAACCACAAUUGCUUUUAUCAGCAAAAGUGAGAUCACUUUGGUUGAUAUUACAGCUUUGUUGGCUAUGCCGACUAACUUCCCACUGGAAUAUGGGAUCACCACCGACAACAGUUCGUCUUUCUCAACUGGCUUGUCAACACCGGUGGUAUGUCGCAUUGACUCGGCCCGUCGGUUGGAAUUUUUCCACGUUUUGCGCAGACGCGGCGCUUUGCUUGUGAUUACAUGCGAUGCUAACGGCUGGCGUUGGAUCAACAUUCUUCACAGCCAGAUGGCAAAGCCGCGGAUGCAAGGGUAUGCCACUUUGGAUUUUGUGAGUGAGGAGCAUUUGCAGGUGCUCCCGGUUGAAAUCGACAACGUUUUGCACGUCUACAUGCUAGGAAUGAAUAGCGGGACAAUAGGACACCUUUGCAUUGAAACUACCCUUGGCGCUGACAGUAAGAGCGUUAUUAUUGAACGUGAAGUUUUCCCUAAACCAAAUUUUCAACCAGUUCCGUGGAACUACCGCGGCUACUCCCGCUUUAUCCCACCGAUACCGACCUUGAAGCAAGAGAGGGGCUUCUUCGAGCGCCUUAUGAUAUUGCCUUGGGAGGACAUCGCCCAGAAGCUAGAAUUUGAGACGUUUCGCAGUGCUCAACCAUCGAAAUCGGUGGGGGUUCCUCAGGGGAGUUUCGAUCGUGCGGCCCGUUCAUCAGAAGCUCCAGCCAUCAGUGCACCCUGUACGGAGGUACAAACAUCGAGUUUUUCAUUGGAUGCUUCGCAUCGGGUCCAACGGCAGAAGGAAAUUCGUUCGAAAGAACUGGAGGAACUUUUGCAAUCCAACGCUAAGGCGACAUCAGAGCAGGCACCACCAUCUGGGAGUCGUUAUCUUCAGCUAAAGGCAAUCGCGGAGCGUGAGAAUGUAAGCUUGACAGAGGCACGACGGAUGAUGAGCGAAGGAAUGCGGAAGCUUCAAGAAAGAGGUGAAAAAAUAAGUCAAAUAGAGUCUAGAUCAAGGGAACUGGCGCAGAGCGCGCUUACUUUUCAGCAGUUGGCGAAAAAAUUGAAAGAAAAAAAUAGAAGUAGUUGGCUCUAA